AAAAUGGUCCUCAAGACAGCCCAUUUGUUGAAAGUCAACCGCCGUCGCUACAGAUGGCUCCGUCCUCCUGAAGAGGAAAAGGAGAACGUAGUGUCACUGACUUUAGCAAUCUUUAAUGUCUAAUCUAGAAGGAGACGAGGGUAUAGGAUACUGGUUCAGGUGGCAAGUUCCUGUUUGUGGUUUAAUCAUCGUUGGCUCCUCUUUGGUUGCCUUUUAUACAACUAGUAAAGUAAGAGCAGAGCCGUUGUUCUUGAAUGAGUUGUGGAAGCCCUGCUGGAGAUGCAUUAAUCCUCUUUGGCUUCUCUUCUAUAGACUUUCAGCUUUUAUUUGCUUGGCUCCGAUGCUUUAUGAAAUUGUGGCCAUAGAUGGAGCUUUUGCCUUCUAUUUCUACACUCAGUGGACAUUUGCUUUAGUUAUGGUAUAUUUUGCGCUUGCCUCUGUAAUAUCUGGGUAUGGGUGUUGGAUGUCACCAAAGCAAUUUCCUUCUGAAAAUGGGGAAACUACUGGGUUCUUGAGAACAGAUGUGGAAGGGAAUGGAACUACAAACACUACAACUUACAGGGAGAAAAAAAUUAAGGGAACUACGAAGUUGCACAGUCACCAUGCAGAAGAGGCAAUUAGGCUAAGAGCUGGAUUUUGGGGAUUUCUUACGCAAAUUAUUUAUCAGACUUGUGCAGGCGCUGUUAUCCUAACAGACAUCGUAUUUUGGUGUAUUCUUGUCCCAUUUGAAUCAAAUGCACAUUUUGGACUCAAUGCACUGAUGGGUUGUAUGCACACCCUGAAUGCGGUUUUUCUUUUGCUCGAUACUGCUCUAAACAGCCUUCCAUUUCCUUGGUUCCGGCUUGCAUACUUUGUGCAGUGGAGUUGCCUCUAUGUUGUUUUCCAGUGGGUGAUUCAUGCCUGUGGUUUUACAUGGUGGCCAUAUCCAUUUCUGGGACUUGAUACACCAUGGGCUCCUUUAUGGUAUUUUGCCCUGGCUGCGGUUCACAUACCCUGUUAUGGUAUAUAUGCCCUGAUUGUCAAAGCAAAAAACUCGAAUUUUCCCAGAUGGUUUCCUGGUGCUUUUGUGAGAUCAUACUGAUUUCUGAUUCUUAAAACUAGGCACUAUAAUCAAAUCCCAAAAAAAAGGCACCAUUGAUGGUGGUUUUGAUAUUGAUUGCACGGUUGUGUACAUAAAGGAGGGAUUCAACCCUCCCCAGAUCAUGUCAUUUCUAUAACUUUGUUCCACAAUUUACAGUUGGAGAAAGUACAAUUAAGUGUUAAAACAUGUCAUGGUAAGAUCAGCCAAGCAUGCAAUUAUUAUGCAAAUAACUACUUUAUAUAAAUAAAUAUCAGCUAAAUAUAUAGAUUUCCCUCUAUAUAUUGGGAAU